CUUCUCCUCCCGCCACCACGCGAUCCUCGUCUCUCCUCAGCUCUCCUCGUGAACUGAGCCCUUUAUUCUUUACCUGCGAACAGAUUCAGAACUAUUCUGACAGAUUGUACACCUCGUGUUGCUGAGAUCCGCGACUCAGAUCGCCUGCACGUCACACGAAGCUCUUCUCGCCGCCCGCCUAGCUACUCGAUUAUCUCUAUUCAACCAGCUUGGGAGCUUAACAACCGGAGAGUUUCAGCUAUAUCACAAACAUGGCGCCCGAAAGGACAGGAAAGAGCGUCUUUCUCGGGAAUAUCCCGUAUAAUCUCACCGAGGAACAGGUCAAGGAUAUCCUCAGUUCCGCCGGCACAGUUACAAAAUUCCGCCUCAUGAUGAACCCGGAAACGGGAAAGCCAAAGGGAUACGGAUUUGCUGAUUUUGCUGAUGCAGACGCUGCCGCGUCUGCGGUGCGAAAUCUCAACGACUACGAGAUUAUGGGACGGAAGAUCCGCGUGGACUGGCCACAUAAUAAUGAGAAGGACUCGAUACCUCCAGACUACUCCCAGCAAUCGCAGAUUGGGCAGGAUGGUCUUGGAGGUGCCCAGCAGCAGCCUUCAGCGGCUCUCCCUCCUCUGCCGCCCGGCGUCGAGCUCCCUCCUCAUUUAGACUGUCCCAACGCCAUUUCUCAAACCCUCUCGUCUCUUCCUCCAAACCAGUUACUCGAAGUCCUCUCGCAGAUGAAGUCCCUAGCCACGGCAGAUCCCGCGCGAGCGACGGAAUUACUUCGACAGGCUCCUCAACUCGCCUAUGCCAUCUUCCAGGCCCUCCUCCUUAUGAAUCUCGUCGACUACACUACUCUGGGUUCCGUCGUUGAGCAGGCGACGGUGCAGCCUACAGCUCCUGCGGCUGCAGCACCGGCUGCAGCACCGGCUCUGCAGCCGUUCGGCGUAGCUGCUCAGAUCUCUACUCCGCCCGUGGCCACAUCACCUUUCGCCCCUCCACCUAUUCCGCAACAAAAUCCGGUCCAGCAACAGAUUCCAGGACAGGAAGAACUACUACAGCAAGUCCUUACUAUGCCCCAAGCGGCCAUCGAUGCUCUGCCCCCAUUGGAACGGAGCCAGAUUAUGCUUCUAAGACAGCAGUUGAUGCAAGGAGGUUUGCGGUGAUCAUUUCUUUUUCUGAAUCUACAUUUCUUUUUUAUUUUUGAUUGUUCCGGGAUGGUUAGUAUGGAGAUGGGCAAAAUAAAACAAUCUAAUUCAUCGGCAAUGGGACAGCAGCGAUGGUGAACGGUAACGGCGCAAGCGGCGAGUUUUAUUUCAUUUCAACAACAUCUAGAAUAUAAGGUUCGCAUAUCUUGACCCAAUGGAUGGGCAAAUGUUCUUGUAUAUCUGAAAAGAGAGGGAUAGCAGAGCUACAAUAGGAUCUGUGGCUUCUCUGAAUUGACCUUGAGUCUAAUACCCAAAAAAAAAUUUUUUU